ACAUUCACCAGCCCUGAGCUCUGAUUUGUUGGCUGCAGAAUCCAGUUGUUCUCGUCGGGCCAGUUGCAGAGGGAAGGGGUGCAGGUGAAAGCCGCAGUGGGAGGGACCCGUCCAGGUAAAGAGAGAGAGAGAGGGGGAGAGAGCUAACAGAAACCAAAGAUGACUGUGUGAAACGAAAUGGAUCCAAACAAGCCCAGCUUUUCCUCAAAAGCACUGCACGCAAACAACAGCGGGGGAAAUGAGUCACAGAUGGAAGACGGGUCGGUGCUUUGGAGGGACGGUGUGGACAGGGAGAGGCAGAGGGAAGCAGAGGGCCGAGAGACGGAAGUCGUUGAUGGGACGACAGCAGCUGCAGAGAUAAACCUUCGCCACAGGGGGUCAGCAGACAAACACAAGUUCAAUUCUCUGGGCUACCAGAGGCGGACCAAGCAGAAGGUUGUGACUGACUUUGCAACAGUGAGUAAAAGCACGUCUGCAGCAGCCAGGCCCCGAGCGGCACUGAGACAGGUCCUGUUCAACCAGGGAGGGUCCUCUGACAAGAACCCAGCGUCUGAGGAGCGAGGUCAGCUGGAUGUGUUGAAACAGGAUCUGGAGGCCUACCCUGUGCCAGUCAGUCUGAGGUGGCAAUGGAAGGAGGAGAGUCGAGGAACGACACUGGAGAAGAACUGGACGGAUAUAGUUCACUCUCAUUCAACCAUGUCGAAGAUGCAGAGACACCAGCAGGAGGCGCUGUGGGAGUUUGUCCACACUGAACUCACCUACAUCAACAAGCUUAUUAUCAUCAAAGCUUUGGUCGUUGCAGCCCUUGUAAACCUGCAUCAGAGAGGAUUUCUCCUGGAGGUGCAACCUCAGCUGCUCUUCUCCAACCUCCCCUCCAUCAUCAGUGCACACCAGCUCUUCUGGCAGGAGGUGAUUUAUCCCAUGUUACAGGAAGUCCGCCGGACAGGGCAGCCCUUUGACCCCAUGAGGUUAGAGGCUGGUUGUCUGCAGUUCCAUGAGCGUUUCUCCUCCUAUCAGCAUUACUGCUGGGAGGAGGAAAACAACCUGGAGUUCACUCGCAGGCAGAUGGAGAGCAACCCGCACUUCCUCACGUAUGUUCAGUGGGUGGAGACUCAUCCUCAGUGUGAGCGGAUGCGGCUUGGGGACAUGCAGGCCAAACCCCACCAGAGGAUCACAAAGUACCCCCUGCUGCUGAAAGCCGUGCUCAGAAACACCCAGGACCCCCAUGUACAGCACACGCUCAGAGGCAUGCUGUCCAGUGUGAACAGCUUCCUGGAAAGUAUCAAUGACUACCUGAAGCUCAAAGAUGAGGAGCUCGCUCUCUCCAUCUCUGCUCAGCGGGUGGAGGGAUAUGAGGUGGAGGGAAUCAGUGAAGAAAUUGACAAGAAUGUACGAGAGAUCUGCCGGUUUGACCUAACUUGCCCGGUCAGAGGAGUGGGUCCGGGAGUCGUACGCAGGCUGCUGCUGGAGGAGAACUUGAAGAUUCGCGACAGAAAAGACAACAAGCUGGAGGUGGUGGCUCUACUUUUCUCAGAUGUGCUUCUAAUGACCAAAGUCCAGAAGAAAGGAGAGCGGCUGAAAGUGGUUCGACCUCCUCUGGCCCUGGACAGAACUUCCUGCAUAGCACUGAGAGACGGCUGUUCAUUUGUUCUUGUGGAGGUUGGUGAACUGCAGAGCACUAUGAAUGUCUACAUCUUUGCAGCCAGCACCUCAGAGAGCUGCUCCACGUGGGUCUCCACCAUCCACCAGGCCAAGGGAACACUGGCAAACCUGAGAAUGAUGGAGAACAGCAGACAAUUGGAAAACUGGAAAAACCAAUUGGAGACAAAACCUAUCAAAGAAGCCAAGAUGGAUAAUAUGGAGACAAGAGAACACAAUUUUGUGGAUCAACUUAAUGAGGAAAUGAUCAUCCCGCAGUCGAUAAAUGGGAUGUUGGCGUCUAAAGAAAAGGAGGGAGCGCAUCCGUAUCAACCUGCAGAUGACGUUAACGCUAACAACACCGGAUUAACUUUUUUGGGAUCCCAGGCCAGCGACAGUAAUCGUAAAGAUGAGGGUAAGAGCUUUGCUGGUCAGCAACAAACAAUCAAAGAAUAUGAAUGGAUAGAAAUGGGAGUGAGAGGCGAUCAAGAUGGGAACCCCACAAAGAAGGAAGAGAAAAUAGUCGAGACUCAGAUGACAAAGGAGCGAAGGGUGACCUUUAACCAAAGACCACAGUCUACCCCAAAUCUGGAUCUUUACACUCAUAGAGCUGCCGAAGAUUCAUUAAGACCACACAAUCUUUUAAUAGGUGGAUUACCAGAUGUUGACUACCCAACAAAUGAACAUAGCACUUUACCAUUUUCUUACCAGCCAACCAGGUCCAGGGAAAGGCCUGGGCUUCAAAGACUAGAGGGAGAAAGAGGGAUAUUAACAAGGAGAGAUUUCCAGUCUGUGAACCAGGACAUGAGAAAGUCCAGCAACAGCCAGUCUGGAGACAUCCAGACAUCUCCAGAGGUUAAGGGGUUCCCAAAAAAUUUGAGGUCACCCGUGUUACGGAGGAGGAGGCCACUCAGCAUCAAUCAGGCACCCACCACUCGGAUGUCCAAGAAGUUCUCCCAGGGCUCAGGAGAGGCUUGGACAGCCUCCUCUUCCAACUCUGAAUCAGACUACAGCCUAAACAGCAAGAGAAACUCUGUUCCUUCUGACAAAAGCUCAAAUUCACACCGGGUGCUCAAGCUGGGCUCCCUGAAGCCCAACCAAGGCAUGUUUUGGCACAUGAAUGAUCGAGCCUCUGCAGAUCCCGAAACAUGGUCUGAGCCUGAGCCUGAACUGAACUUCCAUAGCAAAAGGCCCAAAAUGAAAACCCAAAGGAGUGCUUCCAUCCCUAACAUUAUAAUCGAAGGGGGGCAUGGACUUUCUCUGCACCCCACUAACCGUUACACUUUACCCCAACAACAAUAUGUACCUUUUCCCAUCCCAGGACAUUACCCUAACGGACACCCUUCUCCUCUGGAUGGCCUUCUGGAAAGAGCCAAAGAGAGAAGGAUGGGGCGAAAUGUGAAAAUGUCCAAUUUGAGGUCAAGAUAUCCUCCUACCUCCCCCUCGUUUUCCACCACACCUUCACCAUCACCCAGCGAUGGAGACAGAGACACAGAGUGGGAGGAGGAGGUGGAGCUGAUGAGACACCGAGCCCUCACAGUGAGUAAAGGAUGGAAAGAGCAGCUGGUGGACGGAGAUGAAGACGAUAACAGGAACAGCGUUGCCUUUUCAGAAGGCGUAAAUGUGGACUGGCCAGGCUGGUGCUUUGACGACGACGAAGUCAUGGUUCAUUUACAACCUCGAGAUGAAGGACUUCUGGAGGGCAUCAGCCGAUCUCUGGCCUUAUUGAAAUUUCCUCACUUUUCAGAGCAAGAAGAAGGGGAGUGCAGUCAGGUGUAGGUCUAAUACUGACCC